CCCAUUUGACCCCUUUAUUCCUUUAUCUUUCACUUUACUUCAUUCUCCUCCUGCGAAAAUAUAACGGCAUAAAGAGAGAGAAAAAAAGACUCCAAAAAAAAAAUAAACCUCUACGUACUAUUACGUUAAUGACCAAAGCCCAUUUACGUCAUUCAAAAGAAAGUCCUGGUCGAACAAGUCCUCCAUCCUCAUUGCAAGAUAAUUCCAAAUUACUCAACAGAGCAACAUCGCCACCAGUCAAUUAUGGAGUCAAAAGCAUGGGCAGCAGUAGCGACGACCUACACGACUUUCCAACAGGGUUUGUCCCUGUACCUACUUCUUCAAAGCACCCUUCACCAAGCGGGUUUUCUCGUUCAAAAUUCACUUCAUCCUCUUCUGCUCAAAAUCCCUCGAUCCGUCGUUCGUGGGACCAACAUCGAAAUUAUGCAGCCCCAACCUCCGAUGGAUUAAGCAGCCGAACGCUGUCACCUAUCAAUUCGCCUUCCAUGACCUCCAGCGCCACCACUUGGUCGGUUUGUGAUCAUGAAACAAGGCAAACCAAUAUGGAUUUCAUCGUUCCUACCAUCAAAAUGGACGAACGUCAAGCGAAGCAAUCCAAUAGUCGGGCCGAACCGUCCACUGCAUCGUCUGUCCGACACGAUCCGUCGCAGCCUAUAGGCUUCUUUCGGGUGAUUGUAUGUGGCGAUUCUCGGAUUGGAAAAUCUUCGUUCAUCGCAGCGCUCGCCCAAGCACUUGGAUCCAAGGGAAAAGAAGGUUCGGGUAGCGGCGAACAGUCUCCGCAAACGGCCAUACCACCUGCAUGCCACUUGUCGGGUAACCUUGGCCAGACUUCCGGUAGUCAGGUGGAACCUUGUCUGAUACAGGAACGGUUCAUCAGUACCAUGCCAUCUGUGACAACCUUAGCGGCUUCCAAUCGGAGCGACGAUCGCUCAACCAAACAACGAAACGAUGCGAAGAAUAUUUGUCUUGUGGAUACCACUGGUUACGGCGCUUAUCUAAGUGCUCAAGACGUGAUCGAUCCUAUUGCGAAAUACAUUGAAAAGCAAUUCCACGCUACACGCACCGUCUUUCGUUCCGUUCCCCAUGAUUCCGCCACGCUUCUAUCUUGGGUUCAUAAUCCCUACGGUGCACAUACACACAUCGAUGCCUGUCUCUAUCUUACCCUGGGACGAUUGAAAAAGGUCGACAUUGAAUACCUCCGAGUGAUCCACGGUCUUUGCAACAUCAUUCCAAUCAUCGUGAAACCGGAUUCGCAGUCAGCCGAACAAGAGUUGCAAAUGAGACUCGAUAUGUUGCGUGAACUGCGCGAGAACAAUAUCAGUUUCUUCGAUUUCGGUCUUCCACUAGAUACCCUGAGUCGCCGAUGUUCCGAAUCCGAUCCGAACGUACCUCCGUUUGUCAUUUCUCGCAUGGAAUCGUCUUAUCCAGUGGAAGAUGCAUCAUGGAUGAUGGAAAAACCGUCGGUGGCAGAGAAUAUUGCGCACUUGAAAGAUAUCGUUUUUCACCAUCACAUUGAAGACUUGCGCCGAUCAACCGCUUUAAAAUUCGUUCAAUGGCGUGCAGCAACCUACAAAUCUGCCGCUUCCAUGGCAGAUCGUGCUCCUGAUAGGUCUCGGAUGCGGUCCACGAGUAUGGCGAGUAUGCAUGGAACGUAUGAGGAUCGGGAUGCCCGGCGAAAAAGAGAGGCGUCGAUGGAUCAUGGCGAUCGAGAACGGAGAUCGGAACAUGCGAAUGAAAGUGUGCCAUUGGAACAACGUGCAAGCUCCUUAUCACCUGCUCACAAGAAGGCUGAUCAAGAAGUGCAGACCAACUAUGUGGAUAGUAACCAUAAACAUUCUAUCCCGACACCGCCCUAUACCCCAGAUUCAUCUGUCACUACUGUCACCAAAAAGGGAUGUGACCGAUCUUUCUCUAGGACCGUUCAUGUUGGCGUCCCAUCCCGACGAAAGACCAGUGAAAAAGUACUGCAGUGCUUUCUAAUUAUUUUCGCUUUCUACGGUUUGUUUCACGUCGUAUCCCUCAAUAUUCUUCCUUAUUUUGGCAUAUAAAACAAUGUCAAACACAACACCCUUUCCCUACCCCAACCCCCCGGCAUGAUGAAUCAUCAAAGAUGGGAGCACUGUAAGUAAAUUCAAUUUGUACAUAUGGCACACUUGGUAGAGCAAUUCCCAUUCUUUUCAAUCCUGCAGUGUUGUAUAUAUCAUACUCUACAGCUUGAUUUUCUUUUCCCUUGUUUGUUUCUUUUUCGUGUAUCAUAUGUUAGGUUGAAGCACGGACGACUGUUAUUUUUUUUUCUUUUUGGCAAUAAAACUGGUAAAACAAAAAGAAAUUACUACAAGUGC